UAUAGGAAUUAUCUUGGUUUGCUCUGCCUCUGAAUUGAGUCAACUCUUUUGUAUGCUCGGUGAAUUGCCCAGCUGCUAGCGACGAGCAGAACGGAGGAGCGGAGGAGAGCGUGCCGGGGCCCAAGACUUCCGCACACGCAGUUGGGGGACUGUCAGGCUAAGCUGGAAGAGUCCUGGGGAUCCCCUUCCCAAGUCCUCGCAGAGGCUGGCAGGGGCGAUUUCCACGGAAGGAGCUGAGUGGAGCCUCCAGGACACGCAGGCCCAUGGGAAAGCAAGCCGAGGCCGCCGCAGGACCGGGGCGGACGACGGAGGGUGGUGGGCCGUGAGGGAGACGCCCUCCGUCCCGUGCUAGCGCCAUGCAGCGCGGGACAGGACCCCUCUGAGAGCGCGGCAGCUCCCCGUCCCGCCCCUUCAUCCCUCCGGGAGCUGCUGCCACUCGGGUCUCCAGCCCGUCCCCCGGUGGGCGGGCGGAAUGGAGUCUCCUGCGAGGGCGGUCCUGAUGGCCGGGCACAGGCUGGGUGUGCUGUGGGUGUGUGUGGCGGCCGCCACGCUGCUGCAUGCGGGCGGGCUGGCCCAGGGCGAUUGUUGGCUGAUCGAGGGUGACAAGGGCUUUGUGUGGCUGGCCAUCUGUAGCCAGAACCAGCCGCCCUACGAGGCCAUCCCCCAGCAGAUCAACAACACCAUCGUGGACCUGCGGCUCAACGAGAACCGCAUCCGCAGCGUGCAGUACGCCUCGCUGAGCCGCUUUGGGAACCUCACGUACCUUAACCUCACGAAGAACGAGAUCAGCUACGUCGAGGACGGCGCCUUCUCGGGCCAGUUCAACCUCCAGGUGCUACAGCUGGGUUACAACCGCCUGCGCAACCUCACGGAGGGCAUGCUGCGUGGCCUGAGCAAGCUGGAGUACCUGUACCUGCAGGCCAACCUCAUCGAGGUGGUGAUGGCCAGCGCCUUCUGGGAGUGCCCCAACAUCGUCAACAUCGACCUCUCCAUGAACCGCAUCCAGCAGCUGAGCGGCGGCACCUUCGCGGGGCUGGCCAAGCUCUCGGUGUGCGAGCUCUACAGCAACCCCUUCUACUGCUCCUGCGAGCUCCUGGGCUUCCUGCGCUGGCUGGCCGCCUUCACCAACGCCACGCAGACCCACGACCGCGUGCAGUGUGAGUCGCCGCCCGUCUACGCCGGCUACUUCCUGCUGGGCCAGGGUCGCCACGGCCACCACCGCAGCAUCCUCAGCAAGCUGCAGUCCGUGUGCACCGAGGACUCUUACGCGGCCGAAGCGAUCGGGCCCCGGCUCGUGCCGGGCCGCUCGCAGCCGGGACACUCGCCGCCACCGCCGCCUCCUCCGCCGGAGCCCAGCGACGUGCCCUGUGCUGACGAGGAGUGCUUCUCGGGCGACGGCACCACGCCGCCGGUGGCUGUGACCACCCUGGCCACCCAGGCGGAGGCCCGUCCCCUCAUUAAGGUCAAGCAUCUGACGCAGGACUCGGCCACCCUCACGGUCCAGCUGCCCAGCCCCUUCAACCGCAUGUACACGCUGGAACAUUACAACAACAGCAAGUCCUUCACGGUGUCCAAGCUCACGCAGGCCCAGGAGGAGAUCCGGCUCACCAACCUGUUCACGCUCACCAACUACACCUACUGCGUGGUCUCCACCAGCUCGGGCACACACCACAACCACACCUGCCUCACCAUCUGCCUGCCCAAGCCGCCCGGGCCUCCCGGACCCGUGCCCAGCCCCUCCACGGCCACUCAUUACAUCAUGACCAUCCUGGGCUGCCUCUUCGGCAUGGUGCUGGUGCUGGGCGCCGUGUACUACUGCCUUCGCAAGAGGAGGCGCCAGGAAGAGAAGCACAAGAAAGCCGCCGCGGCCGCCGCGGCCGGCAGCCUGAAGAAAACCAUCAUCGAGCUCAAGUACGGGCCCGAGAUCGAGGCUCCGGGGCUGGCCCCCCUGUCUCAGGGCCCACUGCUGGGCCCCGAGGCCAUGACCCGCAUCCCGUACCUCCCGGCCGCCACCAGCGACAUGGAGCAGUACAAGCUGGUGGAGAGCAGCGAGACGCCCAAGGCCAGCAAGGGGAACUACAUCGAGGUGCGCACGGGGGAGCCCCCGGAACGCAGGGACUGUGAGCUGGGCAGGCAGGGCCCCGACAGCCAGAGCUCCGUGGCCGAGAUCUCCACCAUCGCCAAGGAGGUGGACAAGGUCAACCAGAUCAUUAACAACUGCAUCGACGCGCUCAAGUCCGAGUCCACCUCCUUCCAGGGUGCCAGGUCUGGGGCCGCGUCCGCCGCUGAGCCGCAGCUGGCGCUGCUGUCCGAGCCCCUGGCCGGCAAGCACAGCUUCCUGUCGCCCGUGUACAAGGAUGCCUUCGGUGGCCACGGCGGCCUGCAGCGGCACCACAGCGUGGAGGCCGCCCCCGGUCCCCCUCGGGUCAGCACCUCGUCCGGGGGCUCCACGCGCAGCCCCCGAGCCUUCCGCACCGAGGCCCCCGGCGUGCACAAGGCCGCCGUGGCCACGGAGACCAAGUACAUUGAAAAGAGCUCUCCGGUGCCCGACACCAUCCUCACUGUGACGCCCGCGGCCGCCGUGCUGCGGGCCGAGGCCGACAAGGGUCGCCAAUUCGGCGGCGAGCACCGGCACUCGUACCCGGGGUCCCACCCUGUCGAGCCCCCUGCCCCACCCCCGGCCCCGCCGGCCCACGAGGGCCUGGGUGGCCGCAAGGCGUCCAUCCUGGAGCCGCUGACCCGGCCGCGACCCCGAGACCUGGCCUAUUCGCAGCUGUCCCCGCAGUACCACAACCUGAGCUACUCGUCCAGCCCCGAGUACACCUGCCGCGCGUCCCAGAGCAUCUGGGACCGCCUCAGACUGAGCCGGCGCAGGCACAAGGACGGCGAGGAGUUCAUGGCUGCCGGCCACGCCCUGCGCAAGAAGGUCCAGUUCGCCAAAGACGAGGAUCUGCAUGACAUCCUAGACUACUGGAAAGGCGUGUCCGCCCAGCACAAGUCCUGAGCGCCCCACCCCCCCAAACAACUCCCCGUACCCCAGGCUGGGCAGCCUGCCCAGCGCGUCUUCUCCGAAACUCGUGAUUCUCAUUGGACCAAAAAAAAAAAAAGAAAAAAAAAGAAAAAAAAAAAGGAUACAGGAUCUACCGCAGCUAUCUGUGACUCUCAGAAACUUAACCACAAAAUACAACACGCACGCACAACACCAGGCCAGCCCGGCACACCCAGCCCUGGGCUGUGCAGAGACCGUGUGGAGGGGCCGUGCAUGGCCGUGGCAAGCGGGUAGCCUAAGGUCCGCGUGAACUGUGCUGAUGUGUCCGCUGCCUGGCGCGAGCGACGUACACGCCUACACGUACACAUAAACACACACGCACAUACAGGCACAUACACACAUAAUACACACACACACACACACACACACAUAUGCACACACAUGGGACUUCAGAAAACUGUGUCUUAGGGGUGGG